AUGUCUGGAGGAAGAAAUCCCAUGGAGGAGGCCUACGAGCGCUUCAGGGCCGUCGCUCAACAGCAGCAGAAGCGCGGCGGCUUCGGCGGUGGCGGCAUGCCCGGCGGCCCUCGCGGCGCUGGCAUGGGACUUGCCGGUCUGGUUCUUUUGGGAGGUGCUGCCUUCGUGGCCCAGAAUGCGCUAUUCAACGUCGAUGGUGGUCACAGAGCGAUCAAGUACCGGAGGACAACGGGUGUGAGCAAGGAGAUCUACAGCGAAGGAACCCACUUGAUCAUCCCCUGGUUCGAGACCCCCGUCACCUACGAUGUUCGCGCGAAGCCCAGAAACGUCGCCUCUCUCACCGGAACCAAGGACUUACAGAUGGUCAACAUCACCUGCCGUGUUCUUUCCAGGCCUGAUGUUAAGGCCCUGCCUCAGAUCUACCGCACUCUCGGCACAGACUACGACGAGAGAGUGCUUCCAUCCAUCGUCAAUGAGGUUCUGAAGAGCGUUGUUGCUCAAUUCAACGCUUCCCAACUCAUUACCCAGAGAGAGAUGGUUGCCAAGUUGGUUCGCGAGAACCUCUCCCGCCGUGCUGCACGGUUUAACAUUCUGCUGGACGAUGUGUCCCUGACGCACCUUGCCUUUUCCCCGGAAUUCACAGCUGCCGUUGAGGCGAAGCAGGUUGCCCAGCAAGAAGCUCAGCGCGCGGCGUUCGUUGUCGACAAGGCUCGCCAGGAGAAGCAGGCCAUGGUUGUCAAGGCCCAGGGUGAGGCUCGCUCUGCUGAGCUGAUUGGAGAUGCCAUCAAGAAGAGCAAGGCCUACGUCGAGCUGAAGAAGAUUGAGAACGCGCGCGCCAUUGCUCAACAGAUGCAGGAGUCCGGCAGCAAGAACCGUUUGUUGCUUGACUCUGAGGGCCUGGGCCUGAACGUGUUUGAUGAUAGCGAGAAGAAAUAA